AUGACCCCUCCAAAACAACAACAACAACAAACUGUGAAGCUUGAACCAACGCCUGUUAAAGUGGAAAAUAUUCCUGGAAAGAAGAAAAUGCUAAAUGUUUCCUGGGAAGGAGAUAUGAAUAGAGCCACAUGCCGGAUUCGAUACAGAAACAUGAAGCAAACUGACUCUAAAGAAGCCUACAACUUCAGAGAAAUUUCUCGGCAAAAUUAUUUUGAACUCACAACUCUGCAGAGUUUUACAGAAUAUGCUGUUGCCAUUCAGUGCAUUUUUAAUGGGUCAAGAUUCUGGAGUGAGUGGGGCAGAGAGCAGAUUGGAACAACAGAGGAAGAAGCUCCCUCAAAAGAAGUAGACUUAUGGAGAGUACUGGAAAAAUGUCAGCCAGCAGGAUCCCGACAGGUUCAUCUUUUAUGGAAGAAACUCAAAGAGAAUGAAUCUUUAGGAAUAAUAAAAGGUUACAGAAUAAAGUGCUACACCAAAAGCAACCAUUCUGUUGCAUGUGCAAAGAACACUACUGACGAGUCAGUUACUGUUCUGUUAAUGGGGCAAGCCUAUGUGAUUAGUGUUAUUGCUCAUAACGCAGCUGGAGAUUCCCCGGAGGCUGUUUUGAGAAUUCCCUCAUGUGCUGAAGAAAGCAAGGAUCAUCCAAGGGUUGUUAUACUGAACACAUCUGUUUCAAAUGAACAAAUGAUUGUAGAAUGGAAGACAUCAGAUUCAGAUAUACACAGCUAUGUUAUAGAAUGGUAUGAUGUGUUAGAAAUUGAUGUUUAUAAAAGAUCUUGGCAAUACAUAGGAAAUAACACCACAUGGACAUUUCAGAAAGGAGCCUUCCAACAGUAUAAAUGUUACAACAUCUCUGUGUACCCUGUGUAUAAAGAUGAAAUAAAAGCUCCAAGUUCCAUAAGUGCCUACUUUAAGCAAGGGCGUCCAUUAGAUGGCCCUGCUGCAAAAGUAGAGAAUAUCAAUAAAAAUGAGGCUAUUAUAAAGUGGGAGGAAAUUGAAAAAGGAAAAGCAAAUGGUGCUAUUACUAACUACACUAUAUUCUACAGAUCGGAAGGUGGGAAUGAGAUAGGAAAGACAGUGAAUGCUAGCCUUCUACAAUACCAACUAAAGUCUUUGCAAUCUAACGUGAAAUAUACAGCUCACGUUAUGGCAAGCACCAUUGCUGGAGGAACCAAUGGGAGUGCUAUCGCUUUCUACACCAAACGGCUUAGUCCUGUAGAAAUAGUCCUUAUAUAUGUCUUUGCUGGACUGUUAUUUCUGUGCCUGUUAACUUUUACAUUAUUGUGGGGCUUGAAAAGACGCAAGUUAAAAAAGAUAUUCUGGCCGAAAAUACCAUAUCCUAAGUUACCUGAGAUGAGCCAGGACAAUCUGGAAAAGCCAUUGAAAGAACCACAGUCUGAGGAGAACACAGUCAUCCCUGAGGUCAUCAGUGUUUUGAAAGUAGACGAUCAUGACGAGUAUCAGCUGCUGAAGCUUGAGGAUUGCUUGGGACAGACAAAGGUCACUACAGAAGAUGCUCUUUGCCAGCAUGAGGCUUCAGGCAGUAGAGAAGCACCCUCCCUUGGUCAGCAUUUCAGGAGUCAACUACUUCCAGCUCCACUGAUCCAACAGCCGCCUUUACCAAAACCAGAAGAAAGCUCAUCUGAAGACUAUCAAAAUUCAAGUUGUAAAGAUGAGGUAAAACAGGAUCAGGAUCAGACAAAUAUGAAAGAAAAAACUGAAUUCAACCCCUAUUUAAAAAACACUGUCCGUACAAGGGAGUUUCUGGUGUGUGAGACCUUGUCAGUCGUGAAGAAGAAAGAAAAAAAGAAACAGCCUGUUCUGCCUCCCGCUUGUGUGUCAGGUGGCAAUGGGCAACAAUAUGUGGCACUGGAUGCAGUUGUGCUGACUGAACAUUAA